CAGAGGGAGUCUAUGAGCCUCCUCCCAGCAAUAUCUAACAUUGGGGGGGAUCCUGAUCCUCAAGACCCUACUACAUCAUUCUUUUGGGGGGAAUAAUGGAUCCUUGUUCUCCUGCAAGCCCUGAUCCGGCUUUGGAAACAGAAAUCAGCAAGCCAGCCCCCCAGCCCAGAGACCCCCAGGAACCUGCAAGAAGAGGGGAUCAUACAGGAGCUGCAGGAAGACACAGCUACCCUAUAACCACCACCAACAGAGGUCUGUCCAUAACAAAGAAGACUCACACAUCUCAAAUCGAAAUAAUUCCGUGCAAAAUCUGUGGAGACAAAUCAUCAGGGAUCCAUUACGGGGUCAUCACCUGCGAGGGUUGUAAGGGUUUCUUCAGACGAAGCCAACAAAGCAACGCCACAUAUUCAUGUCCACGGCAGAAGAACUGUUUGAUCGACAGGACAAGCAGGAAUCGAUGUCAACACUGUCGGCUGCAGAAAUGCCUUGCUGUGGGAAUGUCACGUGAUGCUGUAAAGUUUGGCCGUAUGUCCAAGAAGCAGAGGGAUAGCCUAUAUGCUGAGGUGCAGAAACAUCGCAUGCAACAGCAGCGAGACCACCAGCAGCAGCCAGGGGAGGCCGAACCACUAACCCCUGUCGGAUACGGCCUGACUCCUAACGGGCUGACAGAGUUACGGGAUGACCUAGGGGGAUACAUGGAAGAGCACACGCCAGACGACGGCAAAAAUGAGUCCGCAGUAAGCAGCUUCUACCUAGAUAUCCAGCCAUCCCCAGAUCAGUCGGGCUUGGACGUCAAUGGCAUCAAACCAGAGCCUCUCUGUGACUACACACCACCAUCAUCCUUCUUUCCCUACUGCUCAUUCACUAACGGAGAGACUUCCCCGACCGUAUCUAUGGCAGAACUUGAACAUCUUGCUCAGAACAUCUCGAAGUCUCACAUGGAAACCUGCCAGUAUUUGCGCGAGGAGCUGCAGCAGAUAACAUGGCAGACCUUUCUCCAAGAAGAGAUUGAAAGUUACCAGAGCAAGCAACGGGAAGUUAUGUGGCAGCUUUGUGCAGUAAAAAUCACAGAGGCCAUACAGUAUGUGGUUGAAUUUGCCAAACGCAUUGAUGGGUUCAUGGAGCUGUGUCAGAACGACCAGAUAGUGCUGCUGAAAGCAGGCUCAUUGGAAGUUGUCUUCAUCAGAAUGUGUCGUGCCUUUGAUUCUCAGAAUAACACGGUGUAUUUUGAUGGUAAAUACGCGGGCAUAGAGGUCUUCAAAGCUUUAGGUUGUGAGGACCUCAUGAGCUUUGUGUUUGAGUUUGGGAAGAGUUUAUGUUCGCUGCACUUGACGGAGGAUGAAAUUGCUCUAUUCUCUGCCUUUGUGCUCAUGUCAGGAGAUCGCUCAUGGCUGCAGGAGAAAUUGAAGAUUGAGAAACUCCAGCAGAAGAUCCAACUCACGCUGCAGCACGUUCUUCAAAAGAACCAUCGUGAGGAUGGAAUCCUAACAAAGUUAAUAUGCAAAGUCUCCACCCUGCGCGCGUUAUGUGGGCGUCACGCAGAGAAACUCAUGGCGUUUAAAGCAAUAUAUCCAGACAUUGUGAGACAUCACUUCCCUCCCCUCUACAAGGAACUUUUUACCUCUGAAUAUGAGCCAGCCAUGCAACUGGAGGGAUAGAGGAGUCUGUGGUUGACACCUGGAAUACACAGCCCUUUCAUGAGAGUAUAGUCGUGCGCGCACUCGUGUAUGUAAACAUGGGGAAGAGGAACCAAGACACUUUACGCAAAUCUGGGUACUGGAGGAGAGGGCGAGGGGUGACAUGCAGAGACAUUUGACCUUGACCUCUCACCCUCCCGCCGGGGAUAUUGUUUACAGGAUGUUUUUGGAGAGAGUUUAAGGACCAAUCACAAGGCAGGCUGGUAAGAGAGCCACACCUGCAUUUUUAACCAUGAGACUUCUGAGGUCUCUAGCAAUACAAGCAAAGUAAUAUUUAUAUAUAUAUAUGUAUUACAGGGUACUUGGGCAUGAACAUUUAUAUGGCUAAAGAGAUCUUGUUUAAGUGUAGGGGCCGGAUGUAGGCUUCUUCUGGUCUGUUUUAAUAUGGCACUUUUUUGUUUUGCACCUUUUUACUAAUUCCUACUGCUCUUCUCCCUAUGUUUAGUGAAUUGUGUUUUUUGUUGUUGUUUGUUUUCUUUUUGUUUGUUGUUUUUUCUUUCUUUUUAAUUUGUAUUUUUGUGUGCACAUCAGGAAAAUUGAGACUUAGUGAAAAAAAGCAAUAGAUCUUUGGGAGUGUGUCGGAGCGGUUCCUGCUGCUGUUUUUUGAGGGAUUGGUUUAGGGAAAGGCUGGUCCAAAUAAGCUGUUUACGGUUCUCAUGAAGAUGGUACCUACAGGAUUUAACCUUGGCCCUAUGCCAUGACAAUGGGAUCUGUAACCAGCCAGGUGUUUGAAUAUGUAAAGGAACAGUUGGUGUGUAACACUGCAAUAGGAUGGACAAGGCACAUCUGCCGCUGAUGCUACAUGUCUCAUUGUGUCACCUUGCAUUACCAUUACAGAACAACCUUGUUGAAAUGAUGCAAAUUGCUCCUCGUCAGAUAUAACUUCACGGUUUUAUUACCACUAAAAUGUAUAUAGGCAAAUAUGGACUAGCAGCCUAUCAUAACUCUUAAAAUUUAAAGGGAUCUGUCAUUUACAGAUAUGCCUUUAUGUGCUUAUCAAUCUUU